UACCGCUUGAAACACAUGUUUGUGAUAUACGCUCACCCUUGUAGUUUUCAGGGGAUUUUGCGUCUAAGAGGUAGGCCUGCAGUUGCUUAUGACCAACAAGGCCUUGUCUUUGCAGUGGCAAUGGAAGGGGGUGCCGUCAAAUUGUUUGAUUCAAGGUCGUACGACAAGGGACCCUUUGAUACCUUCCUAGUUGGUGGAGACACAGCUGAGGUUUGUGACAUAAAAUUCAGCAAUGAUGGAAAAUCAAUGCUCUUAACAACUACUAGUAACAGCAUCUAUGUCCUUGACGCCUAUGGAGGAGAGAAGCGGUGUGGGUUUAAUCUGGAUCCCUCUCUGACAGCAAUGGAGGCAACCUUUACACCAGAUGGCCAAUAUGUUGUUUCAGGGUGGCGAGAUGCGCAUGUGGAAACAUAAGGGAGUCAUUUCAUUGUGAUGCACAAGCGGCGAGAUAAGGAUGGAUUAUGC